AUGAAACACGUGACUCCGGAGGCAGCUAUACAUUUCACCAAACUGAGUGUCCUCCUAACUUGUUCGUGGCCACCUUCGCCCCUAAUAACAAAGACUCGUCUCUUAUUUUUUAACAUUUUGUGGUGUACGUCUCUGGUCAGUGCAUUAGGGUUGUUCGUACCGUUGUUCAACGCUGUGUACGAAUAUCGUAAAAACCCAAUCAUUCUUGGGAAAACUGUGAGUCUCUGCGCGGCGGUGGCUCAGGUGAUCAUUAAAAUGACGAUGUGUCGGUUGCAGCAGAAGCAAUUUCAGGUUUUGUACUUCGACAUGGAAGAUUUCUGUAAGCGUGCCACAUCCUCUGAAAGAAUAGUUCUGCAACGUUAUGUCGACAGAUACAAAUACUUCCACGGCGUUUACACUCUGUGGUGCUUUCUCACCACGAUGUUCGUCAUAAGUGGCCCAUUGUACUCACCGCAAACGUUUCCAACGCACGCGAUAUAUCCAUUCCCCGUGGAGCAUCAGCCAUUGAAGUGCUUAAUAUUUUUCCAUCAAUCGUUGGUUGGCUUUCAGGCGUCGUCUGGUAUGGCUAUCGAUGCCCAAGUAGCUCUUCUUUUGCGGUACACGGCUGCUAGGUUCGAAUUAUUGGCGAUGCAGUUGCAUGCUGCUACUUCUGAUCGUGAGUUGAACGCCUGCAUAAAAGUACACAGUGAACUUUUGAGGUACACUAGACAGGUAUGCAAAUGCGCCAGAUUCUUAGUGCUAGCAACAGUAACAACUACAAUAAUAGCAGUCAUAUUUGGAAGUCUAAACCUGGUUACUAAGCAGCCAUUAUUAUUGAAAGGCUUAUACGCAGUCAUAGUGUUCAGUGCGAGCGUGGAGCUGUUCAUGUACGCCUGGCCGGCUGACAACUUGAUGCGUAUGAGUGAGAAGAUAGCUACGAAUGCGUACAGUACGAAGUGGUUCGAAAAAAAUAUUGCGAUACAAAGAAAGAUAUUUUUUAUGAUGUUAAGAUCUCAGAAGUUGGAGUUUAUUUAUGUUAGAGGUAUCGUUCCGAAGCUGUCGUUGUUUUACUACGCGCAGUACUUGUACAAGUCAACGUCGUACUUCGCUGCGUUGCGUAUAAUGGUCGAAAAAUGA